CAGAUUAUGGUGCGACAGGAGGGGAGCGAGGUGGCCAGAGAAGCAGGCAGAAACGGACUCCAGUAUAAGACAAACUGACUGUGAAACUGUGUUAUUUGUGUCCAGGACGCAAAGYCUUCACUUUAAGGAGGAUAUACGCUCAUUGAUAAGGUCCUGUGCGAUCCGACACUGCUAUGUCUGCGAAAGCGAUAUCAGAGCAGACAGGAAAGGAGUUCUUGUACAAGCACAUCUCCACAUCAGCCACUGUGCAGAACCGUUUUCGUUAUGCCAGUGUAACYGCUGAGACUGACUGGGAUCGCCUCACGCAGGACCACCCAUGGCUGCUGACAGAACGUCUGGUGGUGAAACCAGAUCAACUGAUCAAACGACGUGGGAAGCUGGGGCUGGUGGGCAUCAACCUGGACCUCCAGGGUGUCAAAGAGUGGCUCAAAGGUCACCUUAUGAAAGAAACCACCGUGGGAAAGGCAAAGGGCGUGUUGAAGAACUUCCUCAUUGAGCCUUUUGUUCCCCACGCACAGGAAGAYGAGUUUUAUGUCUGCAUCUACGCCGCUCGCGAGGGUGACUUUGUACUUUUCCACCACGAAGGAGGGGUGGAGGUGGGUGACGUGGACGCCAAGGCCCAGAAGCUGAUGGUUGGCGUGGAUGAGAAACUCAGUGAGGACCAAGUCAAAGAGCAACUUCUCACACAUGUCCCCGAUGACAAGAAAGAGGUCCUGGCCAGUUUUAUUGUGGGACUGUUCAACUUAUUUGAAGGCCUCUACUUCACCUACCUUGAAAUCAACCCGCUUGUAGUUACUCAGGAUGGAGUGUUCAUCCUCGACAUGGCAGCCAAGAUUGACGCGACAGCAGAUUUUAUCUGUAAGGCUAAAUGGGGUGACGUGGAGUUUCCUCCACCCUUUGGCAGGGAAGCUUAUCCCGAGGAAGCCUACAUCGCAGAUCUGGAUGCAAAGAGUGGCGCUAGUUUGAAGUUAACCCUGCUGAACCCACGAGGCAGGAUCUGGACCAUGGUAGCUGGAGGCGGUGCUUCAGUGGUCUACAGUGACACAAUCUGUGACCUGGGUGGAGUGGAUGAGCUGGCAAAUUAUGGCGAGUACUCCGGUGCUCCCAGUGAACAGCAGACGUACGACUACGCAAAAACGAUUCUGUCACUCAUGACUCGUGAGAAACAUCCUGAUGGAAAAGUGCUGAUCAUCGGAGGAAGUAUUGCAAAUUUCACCAACGUAGCAGCCACGUUCAAGGGCAUUGUCAGGGCUAUUAAAGAUUACCAGGGUCCACUGAAGGAGCAUGAGGUCUCCAUAUUUGUACGACGUGGGGGCCCCAACUACCAAGAAGGCCUGAGGGUGAUGGGAGAAGUAGGGAAGACCACUGGUAUUCCUAUUCAUGUGUUUGGAACUGAGACCCAUAUGACGGCUAUUGUUGGUAUGGCUCUGGGUCACCGGCCSAUCCCAAAUCAGCCUCCGAUGGCGGCUCAUACUGCCAACUUCCUCCUCAAUUCCAGUGCCAACAGUGCAGCGACUCCUGCUUCAUCAAGAACAGCUUCAUUCUCUGAAGCUAAGGCCACUAAUGACGUCACCCCACCCAAAAAGUCAAAGGCAGGUCUUCCACCAGACUCUCUUCAUUCUAUCCUGUGGCCUCUGAAGAAUGUGGUCACAGGCGAUUGGAAAGAAGCUCAAGCUUCUUCAGGCUGCAGUGGAGCCAAAGCCACCACGCUGUUCAGCAAACAUACCAAGGCCAUAGUCUGGGGCAUGCAGACACGUGCCGUGCAGGGCAUGCUAGAUUUUGACUACGUCUGCUCACGUGACCAACCUUCUGUGGCCGCUAUGGUGUACCCGUUCACUGGUGACCACAAGCAGAAGUUUUAUUGGGGCCACAAAGAGAUCCUGCUGCCUGUCUAUAAGAACAUGGGUGAUGCCAUGAAGAAGCAUCAGGACGUGGACGUCGUCAUCAGCUUUGCCUCUCUGCGCUCAGCCUUCGACAGCACGAUGGAGACCAUGCAGUACCCACAGAUUCACACAAUUGCCAUCAUAGCCGAAGGCAUCCCAGAAGCUCAGACACGGAAGCUGAUCAAGGUUGCCGAUGAGAAAGGCGUCACCAUCAUUGGCCCUGCAACAGUCGGCGGCAUCAAGCCUGGCUGCUUUAAGAUCGGCAACACAGGUGGAAUGCUGGACAACAUCCUGGCCUCCAAACUGUACCGUCCUGGAAGUGUGGCGUAYGUGUCACGCUCUGGAGGCAUGUCCAACGAGUUGAACAACAUCAUCUCUCGCACUACGGAUGGAGUCUAUGAAGGCGUGGCCAUUGGAGGAGACAGAUAUCCAGGCUCCACCUUCAUGGACCACGUCCUACGGUACCAGGACACUCCSGGGAUAAAGAUGAUUGUAGUUCUGGGAGAGAUCGGAGGCACUGAGGAGUACAAAAUCUGCCAAGGCAUUAAAGAGGGUCGGAUCAGCAAGCCUGUGGUGUGCUGGUGUAUUGGAACCUGUGCCACCAUGUUUGCCUCAGAGGUUCAGUUUGGUCAUGCAGGAGCUUGUGCCAACCAGGCCUCAGAAACAGCAGUGGCUAAGAACCAGGCUCUGAGAGAUGCUGGAGUUUUUGUACCAAAGAGCUUCGAUGAGCUGGGAGAUGUCAUCAAGACUGUUUAUGAUGAAUUGGUGGCCAAUGGUACCAUCGUUCCUGCCCAGGAGGUUCCUCCUCCAACUGUUCCAAUGGAUUAUUCCUGGGCCAGGGAGUUGGGCCUGAUUCGUAAGCCAGCCUCAUUCAUGACCAGCAUCUGUGAUGAACGAGGCCAGGAGCUCAUCUACGCUGGCAUGUCCAUCACCGAGGUCUUCAAGGAGGAGAUAGGAAUAGGAGGGGUCCUCGGUUUGCUCUGGUUCCAGCGCAGGUUGCCACGUUACGCCUGUCAGUUCAUUGAGAUGUGUCUGAUGGUGACCGCUGAUCACGGUCCUGCUGUUUCUGGUGCUCACAACACGAUCGUCUGCGCUCGAGCCGGCAAAGACCUGAUCUCAAGCCUCACCUCUGGCCUGCUCACCAUCAUUAACAAUCCAGACAUGAGAGUGCAGAUUCUGAAAGACUUUGUUAAGCAUCAUUUUCCUUCAACUCAGCUACUAGACUACGCUCUGGAUGUAGAGAAAAUCACCACCUCCAAGAAACCUAACUUGAUCCUAAACGUAGAUGGUUUCAUUGGCGUUGCCUUUGUGGACCUGCUCAGGACGUGUGGAGGCUUCACACGAGCAGAAGCAGAUGAGUUUAUUGAAAUCGGUGCUCUGAAUGGGAUCUUUGUCCUGGGCCGUAGUAUGGGCUUCAUCGGGCAUUACUUGGACCAGAAGAGGCUGAAGCAGGGUCUGUACCGCCACCCGUGGGAYGACAUCUCCUAUGUGCUUCCUGAACACAUGUCCAUGUAAGCCCGACAUCGCGGGACGACUCUUGGCUUCCAGAUGUGAUGUUUGGCAGCAGCUCCUCAGUUCAGUCAGAACAGCAGCUGCUGCAGGGGGAAACCAAACCGAAGUAUUCUGGAAAGAAGUUAUUUUACGUUUUAAGGAAGAAAAAGGGGAAGUAUAUUUUUAGAUUUAGUUUUUGACUAGUUAUUUAAAAACUUAGAGGGGUAACUUAUUCAUUUUGUUUCCAUUAAAGAGCCAAACCAAUGCAAGUUACAAGGCCAGGAGGGAAAAUCGGUUAGUGUGAAGCAGAAAAGCAGAGAAAUCUGUUUGUGUAGUUGAUCAACCGGAUUCAGAAAGUAUUUCCAUCCUGAUAUCUGCAUUAAAGUCAGGGUAGUUAAUCUAAACGAACAGUUAUGAUGAAAUCAGUUCACGCUCACUUAAGCCUUUUUUUUUAAAUCUUAUUUAAAGGAUUUUACCAUAAUUCAUUGUAAUAAAUAUUUGUGACCAGUGCUGUCAAAAUGAGUCAAAUGAGGAAUUAUUCAAUACUGACUUAUUUUCAAAUUCUCCAUCUUUAAAAUUUCAUGGUUAAUCACUGUUAGCAACAAGCUGCCAUCAGGAAUCCCAGCGCUGUAUUUAAAAAGGAGAGUCGCUAAGCUUCACAAUGACGGGAUUUCCUGUGCUACAGCAGCCAGCAGAGAAAAAUGGUUACACCUUAAAGAUUUAUCUCUGAAGACCUACCUGUUCAAAAACUUAGUGUAGAUUAGGAAGAUGAUGCUAUUUUAGUUACUGCGAUUGCUAAAUGGUAUCCUUAUAGAUUCAUUUUUACACAAACCUUACCUGUUCCUUUAUUUUAUUCCUUUACCUUGCCUGUUCUCAUUCUGCCAGCAUGAGUCAAGUUUGUUUUCUUCAGGCCUCUUAAACGGGUUUAAUUUCUAUUUUUUGAAGCACUCACAUUAACUAGAAAACUUGCAAAACUUUAUGUAAUACUCGUAAACUCCUGAUGUUCACUCUCAUUGAGAAAGAUUCGUCAUCACAAACGUUGGCAGCAGCUUUUAAAAGUUCAGUCUAGCGGUACGUGUUUUUACCCAGAUUUUGUUAAUUAGAUGUUUUUAGGGGUUUAUUUGUUUUAAUGUAGGUCUGACCUGAACUACUUGUUUCUUCAAAAAACUACGUGACUAAAUGGUUAGCUGUGGAAGCAGCGACAUGUUUUCUAAAUGAACCACUUUUUUUGCUCAGAGACUCUAAAACCCUUUUUGCUUUACUUGUUGGAAAGGAUUGCACAAAACAGACRUCUGUGAUUUAAAAACAAAACAACCUUAACCUGCAACUUUUUGUAACUUCUCACUGUAACGCCAGCCGUGUUUGGUUUUAUGUUGCUGUUUUUAUUUAACUGAGAAAUGCUUUGCCUUUUUAAUAUGCUGACAUAUAGAGUAAUAAAAAAAACUUGUUUAAUUUUC